GAGAAUUCAGUUGGAUAGGGUCCGAUUUUGACAUCUCCACCUCGCAUGCUUAGGUGAAUGACAACCUCAUGAUUAUAAGCUACCGAAAAUACCCCCAACGAAUGAGAGGACAAUCUCACUUCUUUCCACCAGAAGAUGACAAGUGAACAUAUCAGCAACAUUUGCCUGUAAAUUGUGAAGAGAUUUCCAACUGUCCAAGAACUCAAACUGAAACUCGUCCUCCAUGAUCACUUGCAAGGAGGUUUCAAACCUCAGUUUCACUUCAUCACCAACAUCAUCAUCAUCUCAGCAAUUCAAGUACAGAAGUAGAAACCAUAUAAAGAACUUGAGUUUUUCAUGGUUACUUCAAUCUCAUUCUCACUCUUCACCAUCAUCACUCAGAAACAAAUGCAAGGUUUUUUCUUCAGCUGAAAGAAACAAUACAAACUCAAGAAGUAGUACUAGUGGUAGAAGUUCCACUAAAGAACAGACAAUCAGAGAAGCUGAACAUAAUGAAGAAGGUGAAGAGAGAAAAGUGCAUUGUGAAGUAGAUGUUAUUUCGUGGAGAGAAAGAAGAAUUAAGGCAAAUGUUUUAGUUGAUGCUGAUAUUGAUUCUGUUUGGGAUUCUUUAACUGAUUAUGAAAGACUGGCUGAUUUCAUUCCUAAUCUCAUUUGCAGUGGAAGAAUUCCUUGUCCUCAUCCGGGGCGUAUAUGGUUAGAGCAAAGAGGUCUGCAGCGUGCAUUGUAUUGGCAUAUCGAAGCUCGUGUCGUAUUGGAUCUCCAAGAAGUCCCCAAUGCGGUCAAUGGCCGCGAACUCCACUUCUCCAUGGUAGAUGGCGACUUUAAGAAGUUUGAAGGGAAAUGGUCCAUAAAAUCGGGAACCAGGUCAUGCACAACAGAAUUAAGUUAUGAGGUCAAUGUAAUCCCAAGAUUCAACUUUCCUGCCAUUUUUCUGGAGAGGAUUAUCAGAUCAGAUCUUCCUGUAAAUCUCCAAGCUGUAGCUCGUAGGUCUGAAAUGAAUCAAAAGAUACUACUGGCAACUUCUAAGGUUGAUUUUGCUUCCCCUUACACACACCUUGUUGGUGCAUUGUCUCAAAAGGAUGAUUUGCUCUCCAGUGAAGUCAAGAACUACUCCAAUACUAAUGUUGCUCCAUUACCCCCGCCUUCGAGUGAUUUGAGCAGUAACUGGGGUGUAUUCGGAAAAGUUUGUGGACUUGAUAGGCCUUGCGUGGUGGAUGAAGUUCAUUUUCGCAGAUUUGAUGGCCUACUGGAAGACGGAGGAGUUCAUCGUUGUGUUGUUGCUAGCAUAACAGUGAAGGCUCCUGUUCGUGAAGUGUGGAAUGUUUUGACUGCAUAUGAAAAAUUGCCUGAAAUUGUUCCAAAUUUAGCUAUCAGUAAGAUUUUAUCGCGGGAAAACAACAAGGUUCGCAUUCUUCAGGAAGGCUGCAAGGGAUUAUUAUAUAUGGUGCUUCACGCGCGCGUUGUUCUGGAUUUGUGCGAAAAGCUUGAAGAAGAGAUUAGUUUUAAGCAGGUAGAAGGAGAUUUUGAUUCAUUCUGGGGAAGAUGGCGUUUAGAACAACAUGGAACUGAUCAUACACAACUCAAGUACAUUGUGGAGUCAAAGAUGCACAGAGAUUCCUUUCUCUCUGAAGCUAUUGUAGAAGAAGUUAUAUAUGAAGAUCUCCCUUCAAAUUUAUGUGCUAUUCGUGAUUUCAUUGAAAAACGUGAAGCAAAAAAUUCUUCAGAGACAUGUGAGGACUUCAGAUUCUCAGAGGAAAACAUACCACAGAAUGGGAUGGAGACUGCACGUGGCGAGCCAGAUGAGCAGGCUUCUGAACUUGGUAGCUGUAAUACGUUGAGAAAAAGACCCAGGGUUCCUGGCCUGCAAAAGGAUAUUGAAGUUCUCAAAGCUGAGCUCCUGACCUUUAUAUCAAAAAACGGCCAGCAAGGUUUCAUGCCAAUGAGAAAGCAACUUCGGUUACAUGGAAGGGUGGACAUUGAAAAGGCCAUUACACGCAUGGGAGGAUUCCGGAAAAUCGCAACAAUACUGAACCUUUCUCUUGCUUAUAAACAUCGUAAACCCAAGGGUUAUUGGGACAACCUCGAGAAUUUGCAAGAAGAGAUUAGUCGAUUCCAGAGGAGCUGGGGAAUGGAUCCCGCUUAUAUGCCCAGUAGAAAAUCUUUUGAACGUGCAGGGCGUUAUGACAUUGCACGAGCACUGGAAAAAUGGGGUGGCCUACAUGAAGUUUCGCGGCUUUUGUUGCUUAAAGUCAGAUAUCCGAGCAGACAAGUUAACCCGGGCAGGGAUAAGAAGACUGAUGAUGACGUUACAGCAUCCGAUAACGGGAGAGACCCGAGCGAAGAAAAUAAGUCAUAUAACAAACCCUAUGUCUCUCAAGAUACAGAGAAAUGGCUCCAGCAGCUGAAGCAUUUAGAUGUCAAUUGGAUGGAAUGAAAACAUGAACGAUACCUUUUCAUUUGUUUCAUAGUAGUUUGGUUCUCAUCUCAUUAUCAAAGUAGUCUAUAUUUGUAUAAAAUACAUAUUACAAUCAGCAGACACAUUAGUCUUCCCUUCAAAUUGAAAAUUCAGGUGAUCUCUAAAACUUCCAAGUUCCCCAACCUAAUGAAAGCAACGGUCAGUUUUGACA